ACAACAACAAUAAUCUCUAUCCACUAAAGUAAAGUUAGCCGGUUCCGGUGGCCCAAAUCUCAUUCCUGUUUUUGAUGAAUGGUUAAUCAUUCCAUUCCUUUAUGUUACAAGUUUUUACAAAAUGGUGACUAUCUGGAGCCUAGACAUCAUUUACACGUAGUGUUUUUCAUUAUUGAAGUUACUCCCUAUAAUUUGGGAAUGGAAUUUGUUUCUUAUGCAAGAAAUUUUUUAGAUGGCUUGUUAUUGUCAUACCCAUAUUGAUUGUUGUAUUUGAAUGGCAGAUGUGAAGAGGCUGAUAGGAAGGAAAUUCAACGACACAAUAGUACAAAAUGACAUGAAGCUCUGGCCAUUUAAAGUCACAGCUGGCACUGAUGAUAAGAGUGCUGAGAAACCUUUGAUAGUUGUAACUUACAAGGGUGAAGAGAAGGCAUUUGCUGCUGAAGAGAUAUCUUCAAUUAUCCUCCAAAAGAUGAAGAGCAUUGCUGAGGCCUAUCUAGGCAAAAAAGUCAAGAAUGCUGUUAUCACUGUUCCUGCAUACUUCAAUGAUGCACAGCGUCAGGCUACGAAAGAUGCUGGUGUCAUUGCCGGGCUUAAUGUCUUGCGUAUCAUCAAUGAGCCCACAGCUGCUGCAAUCGCUUAUGGUCUCGACAAAAAGGGAGUUGGAAAAGGUGAUUCUGCUUCAAAGAACAUACUGGUUUUUGAUUUGGGUGGUGGUACUUUUGAUGUCUCUAUUCUCACAAUGAAGGAGGAUGUGUUUGAAGUAAAAGCUGUUAACGGGGACACCCAUCUAGGUGGAGGGGAUUUCAAUAAUAGAAUGGUGGGCCACUUUGCAGCUGAGUUUGAGAGGAAACACAAGAAAGACUUGAGUGGAAACCCCAGGGCUUUAGGGCGGUUGAGAGCGGCUUGUGAGAGGGCCAAGAGAAACCUCUCUUCAGCUACUGAGACAUCCAUUGACAUUGAGUGUCUCUUUGAGGGCAUUGAUUUCUGUUCAAGCAUCACCUGUGCACGAUUUGAGAAAAUGAAUAUGGAUCUAUUCAAAGGCUGUAUGGAGUUAGUUGAAAAGUGUUUAAAGGAUGCCAAAAUGGAGAAGGGGGACAUUCAUGAUGUUGUUAUGGUUGGUGGGUCCAGCCGAAUCCCUAAGGUUGAGGAACUGUUGCAAGAACUCUUCAAUGGAAAGAAGCUCUGCAAGAGUAUAAACCCAGAUGAGGCUGUUGCCUGUGGAGCAGCUUUUCAUGCUGCAUCCCUCACUGGUGCCUGUUUGGGUGUGAACAAGGAUGUUGUGCUUGUGGAUGUUGCUCCACUAUCGCUUGGUAUUAGGGUUUAUAGUGGUGCGAUGUCUGUUGUUAUUCCAAGAAAUACCCCCAUCCCUACAAAGAUGACACAGCACAAUUACACAACUGCUGUGGACAACGCCACAAGUGUUCUGUUCCCCGUGUAUGAGGGGGAAAUGCCAAUAGCAAGAGACAACUAUUUUCUCGGAGGAUUUACCCUCCACAAGAUUCCUCCCGCGCCCAAAGGUGUUGCCAAGUUUGAUGUUUGUUUUGAAAUCGAUGCCAAUGGCAUCUUGACUGUGUCUGCAGUACUUGUGGGUAGUAAAAACAGGGACCAAAUCACAAUAACCAAUCACAGCUUGAGGCUAACAAAGGCGGAGAUUGUUCGGAUGGUGAAGGAGGCGGAGGAGUACCAGGCUCGAGAGGAGAAGCGCAAGAAGGCAUCAGAGGCUGGGAAUGCAUUGGAGAAUUACAUAUACCGCUUGAGGGGUACUCUGAGUAAAUUUGGAAAUUCUAAGAAAAAUAAAUAAAAAAACUAUGGGGGUACGUGUUAUUGGUGGAACUCUGGAAGUACUAGAAUGGGUGGAAAUUCAGACAUAACUUGUGACUGCCUUAUUUGUAUAGACUCCCUUCGUUUGCAUAUAUUCUACUCUACUUAGUUUUCAUCUUCGGUUUAUAAGUCAACACUGUGUAUAUAUAUAUUCCCUAAAUAUAAACGCCCCAUUGAC